CUCCUCCCCCCUCAGUCCCUCCUUCCCCCUCGACACCUCGUCUUCCUUCAGCCCCUCAAACCCCGCCUUCCUCUUCUCCAGCCCCGCCUCCUCCUCCUCCUCCUCCUACAGUCUCCUCUCGGGGGUCACGGAGCCCGACUCGCUGACGGGGAGCAGUUCCAGCCGGGAGAGCGAAGGGGGCAGCAUGUCCGCAUCCGACGUUUCGGGGCGUCUUUUGCUGCUGCAGACAGAGUCGUUCUCAGCAAAGGUGGACUCCAUCCUCAGGGGGGACUACCUGACCCCGAUGGGUCCUGUGGGGCCCAAGCGGCUGUGUUUGGUGUGCGGAGACUUCGCCUCCGGGUAUCAUUAUGGGGUGGCGUCCUGCGAGGCCUGCAAGGCGUUCUUCAAGAGGACCAUUCAAGGCAACAUCGAGUACAGCUGCCCGGUGAUGAACGACUGCGAGAUCACCAAGCGCCGGAGGAAGGCCUGCCAGGCCUGCCGCUUCCAGAAGUGCCUGCAGGCGGGGAUGAUGCGGGAGGGUGUGCGCCUGGACCGGGUCAGAGGAGGCCGGCAGAAGUACAAGAGGCGGAUGGAGGUGGGGGCGGGGCUCUGUGGCAGAGGCGGGUAUGGCCAUCCCAGCGGCAGCAGCAGCAGCAGAAACAAGGUGGUUUCUCACCUGCUGCUGACAGAGCCCGCCCCCCUGGCGGCCAAUCAGGAUGACUCCACCAAUGACAGCAGCCUGCGGACUCUGCUGACCCUCUGUGACCUCCUGAACCGCGAGCUGCUGCUUCUGAUUGGCUGGGCAAAGCAGAUCCCCGGAUUCUCCGCCCUCUCAUUGGUCGACCAGAUGUCACUGCUGCAAAGCGGUUGGAUGGAGGCUCUGCUUGUAGGCGUGGCCUGGCGCUCGCAGGGUGCGUCGAGGGAGGAGCUUGUCUUCGCGUCAAACCUGCAGUUGGACGAGGUGGAGUGUCGAGCUGCAGGAUUGGCCGACCUGUACGAGGCGCUGCGUCACCUGACGGCGAGAUACGAGAACAUGAAGCUGAGCGCCGAGGAGGCGGCGGCGUUGAAGGCUGUGGCCCUCGCCAACUCCGACGCCGAGCCGUUGGACUGUCCGGACGCCGUGCACCGCUUCCAGGACGGGCUCCACGAGGCGCUGCAGGAGCACGAGGCGUCCAGGAGGGAGCAGCGGCGAGCGGGCCGGCUGCUCAUGAGCCUGCCGCUGCUGCGACAGACAGCGGACUGCGCCGUGCACGCCCUCCUGCGGCUGCACCGCCAGCGCCGCGUCCCGCUGCACAAGCUGCUGCUGGAGAUGCUGGACGCCAAAGCCUGAGUCCAGACGCAAAAAAAUAGACUUUUAUUUUCUUACAUGAAAGAACUUACGAGCAACAUUUUGACAUAAACGAGCUUCCGUAGAAUUCAUGUUUGGUUUCCGUGUCAGAAUGUUUCCAGAAAACAGGUCUCCACAUCAACUUUAAUCUCUGGAUUUUCAAAAUAAGAGUCUUCACAUAAAUGAGUUUCAAUUAUUAAUGAAAUAAUUCUGAUUUGGCUUUUUAUAGAUCAACUUCAACAGAAUCAAAAUAAAUAAACAAAAUCCAAAACAAACAAAACAACCUAUUCCAACAUGAUUUAGUUUCAAUUUGACUUUUUUCCAGAACUAGUUUUUCCUUUAAUGAUGUUUCAUAGUUUUGACACAAUUGGACUUCCGUACUUUUACACAGACAGGCUGAUAUUCUGGAAGCUCGUUAACCAAUCAAUGCUCAGCUCAACUGUCAUCAAUUUAACAGCAAAAUCUCAAAACCUUCAAUUAGACUUUCAUUCUGUUGAUGUUUAGUUCAGAGCUCAGCUGGUUACAUCAACGACAUUAGACUCAUAUUUAUUUUAAAACCAAAUGUAUUUUUUAAAUACCAUGUUUUAUUUAUUUGUCUUUAACUAUUGAAUGUUAUCUAUUUUUUAUAAAAAUAAAACUUU